AUGGGCUCGAGCCGCGGUUCGCACGGCUUGGGGAAGGAGCGCCUGCGCUGGACCCAAGAGCUGCACGACCGGUUUGUGGCGGCCGUGGAGCAGCUCGGUGGCGCCGACAGGGCUACGCCUAAGGGGAUCUUGAAGGCUAUGGACGUUCAUGGACUCACCAUCUACCAUAUCAAAAGCCACUUGCAGAAAUACAGGAUGUCAACACUCGUUUCUGAGCAACCUCCCAAGAAGUUUGAAAGGCGGAGCAUUUCUGAAAUAUUUCCUAAUUUUAGUGCUAUAUGUGGUGCUCAACUUAAAGAAGCCAUCAGACAAGCCCAAAUGGACUAUCAAGCUCGAUUAAGUGACCAAGACGAGGUUCAGAAGAACUUGAGGCUCAAAAUAGAAGCACAAGGGAGAUAUUUUCAGAGAAUGAUGGAUGACCAUUACAACGUCCGGCCAUCGAACAUCGGCAUGAGGCCGAACAAGCGGAGCUUCCCCUCCGUUUCGCUGCCCUCCCUCUCGGAGGAGUCUGAGUCGCGCGUCAAGGAAGCCGAUUCCGACUCGGAAGGCCCCGAGGAAGUGCUGAUCAGAGCUCCAAAGAGGCCUAGGACCUCCCAAGACCACGACUCCGAUCCGAACGUUUACAACUACCCCGCGAUCACCGCCGCGAGAGACACGAACAGCGGUCCAUCGUAUGAUCCCGGCGACAUCAGCUUUCUGUGGAAUCUUGCCUCAUGCCCAUCUCCAGUGUUGGGGCCAAGCUUCCUGUAGAGUUUUGGAGAGACGUUCAUGAACUCUGAUAAAUAAGAAGCAUAAUAUUACGAAAAAAUUAGAGCCUACACCGUUGUUGUAAGAA